AUGCUGUUCGCUACCCUAGUCUCUCUUUUCGCUGUUGGCGCCCUUGCCGACCUCAACGCCGGCGAGAUUGCUGGUCUAGUUGAGAACUUUAAGAACGCCGACCUCAGCUCCCUCGUCGGCGGCGACAACUUCAAGCCCGAUGGUCUCCUCACCGGCAAGUUUGGCACUGUCGACUGGACUGUCGGUGCCAACCUGACCGCCAACGAGACGAGCGCCUUCCCCUCGUUCUUCGUCAACCCCAACGCCAACUCGACCACCUUUGCCAACGAGACCCAGCUCUACUCUGCCAUCCUCGUCGAUGCCGGUGUCGCCGGUUCCAACGACACCACCAACCAGACUCUCCACUGGCUCAUCAACUCUAUUCACGUAAACACCACUGGUGGCGCUCCCUAUGCCCUGGCCUAUGCCAACGGCACCACCAUCACAGAGUACGCUGGUCCCAACCCGCCCCCCAACGUCGGCCCUCACCGUUACGUCCUUGGCCUGUUCCAGCAGCCGGCCGACUUUGCUGCGCCCACCGCAUACAGCCAGAAGAACACCCCGGUCGGGACGUUCAACCUCGCCGAAUACAUUACUCAGAGCAAGCUCGGCCCCCUUGUUGCCGCAAACUACUUCACCGUCGCUAACGGCGCCAUCCCAACCGACAUUCCUCAGACUUCCGCCGUCGUAUCGUCGACUAUCUCGGGAUACACUGGUGCGGCGGCUAUCCCCACCGCCGCCGGAGCCGAGGGCGGCGGUGCCGGUGCUAACGGUACUGGCACGGCUAGUGGUGUUAACCCCUCGGACCCCGCCGCGUCGCCGACGGGGUCGGGAGCGCUCAACCUCGUCGCCCCCGGUGCUAUCGUCGCUCUUGUUGCUGGCGCCGCUGCUCUUUUCUAA